ACAACAAUGAAACCCAUCCAUUUAACUGUGCUUAGCAUUUCCUGCAAUUGUUUAUUUUAUCAGGGUGCUUUAAAUUAAAAAAAAUAGUAAUAAUAAAAAUUUAAAAAAUGGUGGAAGCUCACGCCCUUUAGUUCGUCUUCUGUCUUUUGGGGGGAGCAGGAGAACGGCGGCGAGGGCCCUCCCAAAAAAAAAAAAAAAAAAAGAAGUCGACGCAGGAGUUUGGGAGAAGAAAAAGUUGGCCCAAACUUUGGCUUUGAGGCUAGCUUGCCCGGAGGUGGCUAACGGUUAGCCCCAGCGGAUGCGCUCCUCCUCGGCGUUGGUUGCGUCCCCACCACCAUGUUGAUGUGCUCCGUGGAAAAAGUGGAUUUUAACAUCACGUCGCGACCUGUCGCUCGGCUCGUCUUCGAGGCCGAGCACGAACACCGGAAUGGGGGCAAUUCGUCCAAUGGCAGGAGUCACAAAGAUGAGCUUCAUAAUGCAAACUUCACGCAGAGGAGCUGAGAAACAACCAUGCACACAGAGACAGUGGACAUCCUAAACACAAAAUUUUAUUUGUAAAGAAUGACUGAUUUCUUGAGAACAUUUUCUCAGAUGGAAACCUCGACAUGCGUAAACUCCUGACAAGCUGACCGCCAACGUUCCCAGAGAUGACCAUGUCCUCCCCUCAGCCUGUCCCUUUCCCGACACUGAGCAUCCUGCCCCCGUCAUCCGACACAGAGUCCUGGUCCCGCUCGCCGAGCCCCCGAACCACUCGUUCCAGCCGCCAUCCGUACUCCUACCGCGGCUGCAGCCGGACCAAAAAGCAGAGCACGGACAAGCUACCUACAACCCCACAGAUCGUAAUUGAGGAGGAAGUUGUUUCCAUACCCACUGCCUUUGUGGCCCCUGAUUCGAAGAGGGAAGAUCAAGGCCAGGACCUGCUCUUGCCGCCAUCCAAAUCUUUGUCACGUAGCUCUUCUCCCAGCCGGCGCUCCCGUUGGUCCCUCAAGAGCCUGCUGGGUAGGGACUCUGACUGGGACAGUUGCAGCACCGCCAGUAACUCUCCACGCAGCACUCCGGGCAGCUCACCCUCACUCCGGCGGCGAGUGCUGGGGGGUGGACGGGCCAGUGAGAGCGAGGGAGGGGGAGAGAAGAGUGGUGGAGGCGGAGGAGGAGCAGGCUCGGACAGCCCCCUGCCAUCAAUACCAUCGGCGUCCUCGCUCACGUCAGCCUAUCCAAUCGCAUCCCGACAUUUCAGGAGCAAUGCCAAGAAAAUGCAGAGCUGGUACAACGUCCUCAGUCCCACAUACAAGCAACGGAACGAGGACUUCCGCAAGAUCUUCAAGAAGCUUCCUGACAUGGAGCGACUCAUAGUUGACUACUCAUGCGCGCUUCAGAAGGACAUCCUGCUCCAGGGACGUCUUUAUCUGUCUGAGAACUGGCUGUGUUUCUACAGCAACAUCUUCCGCUGGGAAACCACUAUCACGAUCCUGCUGAAAGACGUGACCUCAAUGACCAAGGAGAAGACUGCGAAGCUCAUUCCAAACGCCAUCCAGAUCAGCACGGACAAUGAGAGACACUUCUUCACCUCAUUCGGCGCACGAGAUCGCAGCUUCAUGAUGAUUUUCCGCCUGUGGCAGAAUGCACUCAUGGACAAGUCCUUGUCUCCCAAAGAAUUGUGGCACAUCGUGCACCAAUGUUACGGCACCGAGCUGGGCCUCACUAGUGAAGACGAUGACUACGUCUCCCCGACAGCUGAACACAUGAACGGCUUGCUGCCUGGAGAAGAGUCCGUGUCCGUCACUGAUCUUCUGGACCUGAGCUCCGUGUCUCUUCCCUCUACGGGCAGCUCCCCUCCAGCCCUGGUGCCCUGCAGCCAGACCACCCCUCCCUCAGCCACCACCGCCGCAGUGGGCUCAUCCCCACCCUCCUCAACCUGUUGCUUGCCCAUCGAGGUGCCCUCCUCCUCGGGUCGGCGGCUCAGCUCAGACCCCCCAGAGCCCAGCCCCCCCAACUCCCAUGGCUUGGUAGUGUCUGCCGCGCCAAGCAUCGCCUCCUCGAAUCCAGAUGAUGGUGGGGAAGCCCUGUCUGAGUCAACCAAUCAUAUGCUGCCCAUGCCCAACACCAGCCUGGGAAACCUCUCUUCAUUGGACAUCACGAAUGACGAGGACCUACCCACCGACCCGAGCAACUCAUCUGACACGCAGGAGGAGAGUGAGGUGGAGUCGUUCUGCGCCAACCUGAACGGGCGGCUACACGUCAACGCCGCCGUACGAAUGAGUGUGGACAAGUUGCACGACCUGCUCUUCUCUGCCGAUACGCACUUCAUCCAGCACCUCUUCUCCCAAAGACACUUUACUGACCUGACAGUGGGCGAGUGGCAGCGAGAUAGCAGCAAUGGAACCACCAGCCGCGUGCUCAGCUACACCAUCGCCCUCAACAAUCCACUGGGACCCAAGACUGCUCCUGUAGUGGAGACGCAGACGCUGCACAAGAAUAGCGCUCAGGGAGAGUGCUAUGUGGUGGACUCAGAGGUGAUCACAUCGGGCAUCCCAUACCAGGACUACUUCUACACGGUGCACAGAUACUGCCUCACCGCCAUAAACAAAAACAAGAGUCGCCUCAGGGUUUCAUCCGACAUCUGCUACAGAAAGCAGCCAUGGAGUCUGGUCAAAGCUCUGAUUGAGAAGAACACGUGGAGCGGCAUUGAGGAAUACUACCGCCAUAUGGAGAGUGAGGUGUGCAAACUGGAAACGCUGCUGCAGUCCGAGGUGACCGUGGUGUCAGCAGGGGACGUCACCAACGCCGCUGAGACUGCCAAGACGGCGCCAGCCCUUCGACGACGCAAGCGUACCUGCUCACGCCGCCAGGGGGACCGUGAGGGAGGGGGAACCUCAGAGCGUGGGGACAGGAGCAUCGGGGAGGAGCGAGAGUGCAGAGACGCCGGUGCUCAGUAUAUGAAGCUGGGAGAUCGUGCACGUGGUGCAGCACAGAAUAACGUCUCCACUAUCCUCCUCAUUGUCAGUUUCAUUCUGGUGGUGCUGGUGGCACUCAAUAUGCUGCUGUUUUACAAGCUCUAUUCUCUGGAGAGAGCUGCACACACGCUGGAGACGUGGCACUCUUACUCUCUGGAGGACAGCCCUCUUCCUCAGACAGCAGGAGAGUGGGCUCAGGUGUUACAGCUGCAGAGACAGUUCCAUCAGGCACAGCUCAGCAAAUGGCAACAGAUUCUGCAGUCGUCUGUGGCUCUUCUGGACCAGAUGAAGGAGUCACUUGAAAAGCUCCACCAAGGCAUCACGGUCCCAGAUGUACACCAGGACCAGCCGGCUGAGACAGACACCUGAGCCUGCUCCGUAUGGUACUGUCCACCCCACCCCCCACACACACCAACCAACCCACAUGGAUGGUCCACCUUUACAGAACAAUUCCAUUAAACACACACCCACCAGGGAACGACAUUACCCAAAGUCCUCCUCUCACCUGUUUGACUUGAAAACCACACGGUCCGGUGGUGACUCAGCAAUAAAACUCAGAUGGAAGCCCACAGGUGGGCCCUUCCAAAACCAACAUCUGGAAUCAACCGGAAUUUUUUUUUUCCACAAUACUUUUUGUUCUUUCGAGACGGCAUAGGUAUCCAAGUUUGGUAUUUUUUCAAAAUGAGACAUGAAGAUCAGCGCGUUAGUCGGAACCGUAACAGUAUUUAUUUCCAAAGUCGUACCCUCCUCAGGCUCUGAUUGUCUGUUGGUAGGCAGCCAGUGACGACUGUCGUGAUUUUUCUUGAAUGUUUCAUAGUAGGAUAUAAUGUCAAUAAUAAUAAUUAUGAUGAUGUCUGUGUCUCUCCGUUCACAAGGACUCCAUGUUAGGUUUCAGAUGUUUUUGUACUUAGUUUUUUUUUUCUUUUGUUUUUUUGUCCUCUCUUUCACGCUGGCUGGUUCUACAAGAUCUCAUCCUCUUGCCAAUCACAAAGGACCAACCAAAAUUUCCUUGUGUAAAAAAAGGGAACCUCGUCUUUGUUAUACAUUUCUUCAGCCUCUUUUUUUUUUAUCAUUCCAUUUCUUCCUCCUUAUAUCUCCAGCUCCUUUUAUUCCUCCAUUCCUUCCAUUUGUUACGGCCCUGCUGUGCACGGCCAGCCGCACACGAUGAACAAAGGGGGUGUAUUAUUUAUUUAGGGAGGACCGCAGAAAUGAGAAUGUACUGUGAAGAUUUGCUUGUGCACAUGGAGAGAAAUGGAAACAAAAGAACAGGAAAAAGAAAAAAUCUCCAAAACACAA